AUGAGUAGUAGUGCAGGUACACCAAAUUCUACCUCAUCGGUAUCUAGUGCUGCUCAACAACAACAGCAACAACAGCAACAACAACAGUCACAACAACAGCAACAAUCGGGAUCAGCAUCCACUACAAACCCCGCGACACCAGUGGCCUCAUCAUCAUCGACCACCGACUAUACAAAGGCUCAUGUUGACACACUGACCAAAGAGCUCAAGCAACUCAAGACCAAGCUAGACAACUAUGAGCGUGAGAAUAAGGACUUGAAGAAGUCAAUCUUUGAUCUGACUGCAAGAUACGACAUGCUGGUGUACCAGACGGGCAAGACGCACAAGCCAUUCAACAUUGAUGCCAUCCUGUCCAACCAGGCACCAGAGGUGACCACCGGUGGCUCAAUCGAAGUGACCACAGCCAUCCCUUCGCCACCUCCAUCACUAGUGUCCGAUGUCAAUGAGGAGAGAGUGAGCUCAGCACAACAAAGAACAAAGAAGAUGGAUGAACGACACUUCUUCUACAAGUUCACACUCAAGGGACAUAAUGCCAGCGUCUACACUGUCAAGUUCUCGCCAUGUGGCAAGAUGCUAGCCUCUGGCAGCUUUGACAAGAGCGUCAAGAUAUGGGACGUCUUUAACCAGCGUGAGAUAACAACACUAUCGGAACAUAAUGUAAACGUCAGCGAGUUGGCUUGGAAUAACAAUAGCACUGAGAUACUGUCUUGCUCGUAUGACAAGACUGUCAAGCUGUGGGACUUGCAGACACAGAAGUCACUGCUGUCAUACAGCACAUCAGGAUUCGUCCUGGACGUCAUGUUCUCGCCAAUCGACAACAACAUCUUCUGUGCUGGCAACUCGCAGAACCACAUCAUUGGCUUUGACAAGAGAGCACCAAACUCUGUCUUUGUCAUCGAGAACGACUCGAUGAUCAACUCACUACACAUAUACAAGGAUGGCGAACAUAUCCUCACAGGAGACUCCGGCGGCAAGCUCAAGGUUUGGGACAUUCGCAAGGGUACCAAGAUCAAUUUGCCCGAAUCAUUCAGCAGUGACUCGAGCGUAGAUGGCAUGGCUGGAUCGCAGAGUGCAGUAGCACACACACCUCUUGAUUCUUUGGAGACCUCUGUCGAGGGCAGACCAAUCUCUGGCAUCACACUAUCCACCUCUUCGAACGAAGGUGAUGACGCCAGAUUCCUGGCAGUCAACAGCUAUGACAAUGUGAUCAGAGUAUAUGAUAGGUCCAAGGUAUCGAUCGUCUCGCAUCCAUACUCCUUGUCACCAAUGCGACUCCAUCAUUCUCUCACAGGACACAAGAAUAAGAACUGGCCUAUCAAGGGUUCCAUCUUUGUUGGAAAGGACUUCAACGAUGGCAACAGUAGCAUGAAGAUGAGCAGAGAGCAGGUCAAGUCUGAGGAGGAUGACGACGAGGAGAGCAAGAGCGACAUCAACCAAUCUGUAUUGUUAGCAACGGGCAGCGCUGAUUACAACGCCUAUCUUUAUGACAUUGGAUUCUCCAAGCAGUCGGGCAGGGUAAUGCAGAAGCUGGAGGGUCACACCGACAGAGUGUACUCGGUCAAGUUCCAUCCAUCAGAGCCCAUCCUUGCCUCAUGCUCGGCAGACUCUACCAUCCGUCUAUGGACUCCAAAGAAGAAGAUAUUCAAUCAAUAG